GAUUAAAAUGAGACCAAACACGAGAUUGUUAUAAUAAUUUUAACUAAUCUGAAUAAUCUUAAAAUAAUUUACUUUCUGUGAAUGCUCACUUUAUAUGCUUUAACGGCGAAUGAACAGUUAACGUUAUAUGUUAGAUAUUGAAUACAAAGGACGGAUAGCAACAAUGAUUUAAAAAACAUAAUGUAUAAAUAAAAAAUGUUGUUGCAUUAGUGUUGUUUUACGAAUAUGUAGGCAUUUAAUUUUUAAUUCUUAUGUCAGCCCGAAUCCAUCUUCUCCUUUUAUCUACUGUCUCUUUCUACGUUCGUCGACGUCGGCAAAAUACAAACGGUUAGCAGAAUCGAAUCUUCUGUUCGCUAAAUGUUCCUCGUCGGUCCCAAAUUCUGAACACAUAUCGAGUCUUUACUGUAUAUCUCCCGUUUGCUUAUCUCCAACUUGAACCUCACACCUUAUCGACGCUUCAACUACACCUCACCUCGUACUAAAAAUUAAUAUAAAUCCCCUUUUCCAUUUCAUACAUCUCGCAAACUGAACAUUACAAACGAACAACUUAAUUGCACAAUUACAUUUAAUAGUGGUCUACAUUCGAAGCAUAAUUCAUGGUUCGAUCUGUCCAUCAUUGUUCCUAUGAACGCAACCCCAUGUUUUAUGAAUGAGGGUGCGCAUGAGAAGGGAAAAACCUUUGUACUAGAUUAUGAACGUGCCUUGUUAAUUACAGUGGUGUCAUGUCACUCAAUAUCUUUGUGACGUCUUUGAUGUUAUCGCAACAGCUACAUUGUACGUCAAAAGCAAAUGAGUCAGUUCAUCGACAACCACCAUGGACACCAGAUCGUACACGGAUUUUUCCAUCACUGUUGCGACAUAUGUAACAAAGUACACAGGGAUAUGGGUGCCACGAAAUGCGGCAGAAAAACUGCAAAGGAAGAUAUCAAUGAUAUAUACGGCCUUCGUACUUCUGUAUGGGAUAUACGUGAACGCAGUAGAUAUUUACCACUCAUGGGGCGAUGCAACUCACUGUACGUUUGUGAUACUCAACACGACGUGUAUCAGUAUGACAACAGUUAAGAUGAUCAUCCUAAACUUUAAUAGAGCUGGUUUCGUAGACGCCCUUUGCUAUGCGCAACGACACUUUUGGCAUAGAAAUUAUGAUUACGAGGAACGACUUAUCUUUUCCAAAUCUGUGAAAUACUGUAUAGGGUAUGUGAUCUUCGGAGUCGCUUCUCUUCAAAUUGCUUUAUCCGGAUACGUGAUCACACCUCUUAUCGAAAACGUUGGGCGAAAUAAAUCGAACAGGGUACUUCCAGUCAAUAUGUGGGUCGACUUGCCCUUAUAUGAUACACCGUAUUUCGAACUAAUGUUUACCUUCCAGGUGAUUAGCGUAUACGUAAUUGGCGCCGCGUACAUUUGUCCCGAAAUCUUUUUAUGCCUGUUUAAUCUGCACGUGAUGGGUCAGUUUCGUAUACUACAAUACAGAAUGUUAAAUUUCUGGAACGUCGAAAGCAAAGAGAUGAACGCAGUCAUGUACACCGAUCAUUGUUAUGCAGCUCUCAAAAAGUGUAUACAACAUCAUCAGUUGCUUAUUGAGUUCUGCGCGAAGCUCGAACAAGUAUACACCAUGUCGAUCUUUACGCACAUGGCAGUUUUAAGUCUGUUGCUGUGUUUCGAUUCCUACGAAAUAGUCGUGGCAAAUACGAGUGCUUCUAUGCGUAUCAUUUUCUUGUUUCACGGAGUUGGAAGCCUGGGUCAGCUGUUAAUGCUUACAUACACUAGUCAUUUUAUGAUGGAGGAAAGCACGAAUGUUAUUACCGCGAUGUAUUUAGGAUCUUGGAGCACAUUGCCAAUGAAUGAAGUUGGCAAAUCAUUUCGAUCGGCUAUGAAAUUCGUGAUGAUUAGAUCAUUAAAACCGUGCUAUCUGACUGCUGCCGGAUUUUUCCCUCUGACUUUGGGAACUUUUACCUCGCUUUUAAGUUCUACCUUCUCUUACUUUACUCUGAUGAGGCAAUCGUUCAUGAGAUCCGAUGAAGAGUAGUAUAAGAAAUAACUUAAUAUGCAUUAAAUGCGAUGUAAGAAACAUAAAAAUCUGUCGAAAGAUAAUAUGUGAAUAAUUUUCAACGUGUCAAAAAUGUCGUGAUUAAUGUACAUUUUGCAUUUCUGUAUAGAGCAAAAUAUAGUAUGCUCGAUAUGAA